AUGCCUGCCGAUAUUCGGAGCUUUUUUGGCGGCAAGUCCAGUCAAGGCUCGAGCGCAUCGCCCGCGAAGCCGACGCCGAAGAAGAAGGAGGAGCCUGCGACUCGAAAAAAGCGGACAAGGAAGGUUGUCGAUGACAGUGACGAUGAAGAAGCCGUUCCAGCUAAACCUGUGACUCCGAAGAAGGCCCCGAGCAAGCCGUACCCAGAACCGUCGAAGGGAGAACCAACGUCGACUUCGGAUUAUUUCGCGUCCAGUAAAAAGAGAGGAAGGCCCGCUAAAACCACCGCUCCAGUAACCACCAAAGAGUCCAAACCGUCUAAGCCUGCCCUCGCCGAUGAACCUGCUGCUCAACAAUCUCCGAAACCACAGAAACCCACGGAGGCCGAGAAGCCCGUGAAGAGGGCUAGCCGUGGGUCUACCAGGAAAUCUACGACCGUUCUUGAUGAUGAGGAACACGGCGAUGACGAUAUCUUUGCGACGGAAUACAAGAAAACAGGCAAGGGCGACGACGAUUAUGUCGAGGAAGAGGAGCAAGGAAGUGACAGUGACCUGGAAGAACUGGCAGUAAAGCCAGCUAGCGCUGCAUCUGGGAGGUCAGGGCGUAAGAAGCCGGCGCCCGUUCCCGAUUCGGAUGACGAUGUGGUUAUGGAGGAUCUGCCUAAGCGACCGUCCAGAGCAACCAAGUCAGCGACCUCCCAGCCAGCACGGAAGCGGAAAUCCGAAGCUUUUGAGAAGGAUGAGGACCCCGAGUUCAAGACUAGCCCUAAGAAGGGUGAUCAAGCCAAGACAGCCUCUCGUGCGCCAAAGAAAGCAAAAGCGUCUCCUGUCAAAAAGGAUCAAGCUGAAAGUAAGGAGAUCCAGGAUAUCUUUGAUAGUAUCCCUAUAAUCCGGCCACCAUCACCACCAGCUGAGACGGGAGAAAAAAAGAAGUUCAACUUUGCCGCUCAGGCUCAGCGCUCACGUUCUCCUGUGGGCGGGAGCGCUGAGAUGCCGGAAGGAGAAGAAAAUUGUCUUGCAGGCCUUACCUUUGUCUUUACCGGUGUUCUGGAUUCCCUGGGUCGCGAUGAAGGGCAAGCAUUGGUGAAGAAGUUCGGCGGCAAAGUAACGGGAGCUCCAAGUUCAAAGACCAGUUACGUUGUCCUAGGAUCUGACGCUGGGCCUAAGAAACUUUCUACCAUCAAACAACAUAAUCUGAAGACGAUCAACGAAGAAGGUCUCUUUGAGUUGAUCCGGCGACUUCCAGCAAAUGGUGGCGACGGGAAGGCGGCAGAAAAACACGAGGCAAAGAAGAAAGCCGAUGAAGAGAAGAUUCGGGCGAUGGCUGCUGAGAUUGACCGCGAGGAGAAGCGUAAGGCAAUGGCCACGCGCAACAACGCUCCCUCAGGAUCUCAACCGCCCUCGAAUUCUCAAGCCGCCAAAACCGAUGAUCGUCUAUGGACCACGAAAUAUGCCCCAACUUCGACCAGCAUGAUAUGUGGUAACAAGGGAGUUGUCGAAAAGUUACAAGCUUGGCUCCGUGAAUGGCACAAGAAUGCCAAGGCCAACUUUAAAAAACCAGGCAAAGAUGGAUCAGGCCUUUACCGUUCUGUCAUGAUCCACGGUCCACCUGGUAUUGGCAAGACGACUGCAGCACAUCUGGUCGCAAGAAUGGAGGGAUACGAUGUUGUUGAGACCAAUGCGAGUGAUACAAGAAGCAAGAAGCUUGUGGAAAACGGCCUUCUUGGGGUCCUGGAUACCACGUCACUCCAGGGCUAUUUCUCAGGCGUUGGCAAGAAGGUUGAGAGCGAAAAGAAGAACCUGGUCCUCAUCAUGGACGAAGUUGAUGGGAUGUCUGCUGGCGAUCGGGGUGGUGUCGGCGCGUUAGCAGCGAUUGCUAAAAAGACCCAUAUACCGCUGAUUCUGAUAUGUAACGAGCGGAGGCUUCCCAAAAUGAAGCCGUUUGACCAUGUCACAUUUGAGCUUCCUUUCCGCCGCCCGACAGCCGACCAGAUCAGGGCCAGACUUUCGACCAUUUGCUUCCGCGAGGGCUUGAAAAUCCCUCCUCAGGUCCUGGAUAGCCUGAUUGCAGGGACCAACGCUGAUAUCCGUCAAGUCAUAAAUAUGCUCUCGACCGUAAAGUUGGACCAGAAAAACCUGGACUACGAGAAGGGACGGGAGAUGUCGAAGGCCUGGGAAAAACAUGUGAUCCUGAAGCCGUGGGAUAUCGUCAGCAAGAUCCUCAGUGCCCAAAUGUUCUCCCCGAGCUCGGGUGCUACUUUGAACGAGAAGACCGAGCUCUACUUCAACGACCACGAGUUCAGCUAUCUGAUGCUUCAGGAGAACUACUUGAAAACAAGGCCAGCGUUGGCUGGCGGGUAUCAAGGCCGAGAACAGAAAUUGAAGCUACUUGAACUGGCAGAUAACGCAGCUUCAAGUAUUAGCGAUGGUGAUCUUGUCGACCGAAUGAUCCAUGGAACCCAGCAGCAAUGGAGUCUGAUGCCGACUCAUGCCGUCUUUAGUUUCGUCCGACCUGCGAGCUACAUCUACGGAAACAUGGUGGAACGGCCCGCGUUUACGAGCUGGCUCGGUCAGAACAGUAAACAAGGGAAACUGUGGCGUUUCAUGAAGGAAAUCCAAGGUCACAUGCGUCUCCGCGCUUCUGGAGACCGAGAUGAAAUCCGACAGCAAUAUAUGCCGCUCAUCUGGGACCGACUGGUUCGUCGGUUGAUGGUAGAGGGUAAAGACAGUGUUGACGAUGUCAUUGAUUUCAUGGACAGUUAUUUCCUGACGAGGGAGGACUGGGAUGCUCUUGUGGAGCUUGGGUUGGGCCCCAUGGAUGAGUCCAAGGUCAAGCUGGAGACUCAGACGAAGGCUGCCUUCACGCGCAUCUACAACCAACGCUCUCAUCCCCUCCCCUUUAUGAAGGCCAGCAGUGUGACGGUACCGAAGAAAAUGCCGAAGGAGAAGCCCGAUCUUGAAGAUGCUAUCGAGGAGUCGGACGACGAAGCGGCUGUGGAAGACGAUUCAAAGGACAAUGACGAGGAAGAGGAGCUUGAUCUGAAGAAGGACAAGUACGUUCGCGUGCCCAAGAAAUCGGCCGCGAAGGGCGGCGCCAAGGGGAAGAAGACGAAGAAAGCUGCGGACGACGAUGAUUUCAUUGACGACGAUGAGAAACCCAAGAAGGCCCGAGGUCGAAAGCCCAAGGCGAAAUGA